AUGGUGCGCCUCGAGUGUUGCCUCCUUCUCCUCCUCCUCGUCCUGGGCCUCGCGCAGUGCGGACGAUCCGAGGAUCGUCUCGCCGAGGCGGAGCGGCUUCGUAACAUCCCGCCGGAGCUGAGUGUCGUGGAUAGAACGGCGCCGGGACUCGACUCCAAGGCCCAGGCCCGCUUCCUCCCCUUCUCAGCGAGCUUUUCCUUGAGCGCGGGUGGCAACAACGCCCACACCUUCAGCGUCGCCGGCAGUCCCGAGGGCGUCGGCCUCUCACAGAGCUCCAGUCACGGGUCGGCCUCCAACGGCGGCAUCCCCGGCUCGUUCUCGGCGAGUCAAUCGUCGUCGAUAGCAGCAGGGCUUGGCGGCCUCUCGGCCUCGAACUCCAACUCCUUCGCCUCGAACGAUCCGCUCUUUGGGCCGCAGUCCCAGGCACACGGUAACGCCUUCACCGUCGGCCAGGGCAGCGCCUCGGCCAAUGCUCACGGGGUCAACGGACAGGCUUCUUCCGGGGCGCAAUCGGCUAUAGACGGGAUCGAGAGCGAGGCAUCCUCCAACGCUCAGAACCUCAUCCACUUGGGGUCUUCGAGGCCCGGAUGGUCGAAUCGGCGCCCGGGCUACGCAAGCGAUUAUGACGAUGAUUACUACUACUACAACUCGCGUCGAAUGCCCACCCUGACGAUAAGCGUGAACGAUCGUCCUGGUAACGGCUGGUACAAUUCCCGCGACCAAUACGACUCCUGGAGGCAACCUGACUACUGCAAUUACUAUGGCGGCUGGUACAGGGACCCGCGCUGUCGCAGUCCCAGAGUUAAAAUUAGCAGGCCCGUAUACAGACCCGUCUACGAUCACGGGCCCUACUACGACAGGCUGAGGGAUCCGCGCCAGGAGGCCUCCAAUGUCCACUACUCGACCGCGACCGCGACCGCCACAUCCUCCGCCCAGUCUGGAUCCGGAGGUUUCGCUCAUGGACAAUCAGCGUCCCAGGCCCAUCAAAGUCAGGGCGGUCCAUCGAGCUCCACGUCGAACGAGGUGCAGUCGUCGGGCAAUGCCGCGGCUCACGCCCAGGGUGCUUCGAGCUCGGUACAGCAGCUCGAGAAUGGCCUCCAGGCCAGCCUCAAUUCGGCGAGCAUCGCCGCGAACUCGCGACCGGGCGGCUCAAGCUCCGGCUCGGCGAGCGCCGGAUCAUCCGGAAGCCGUGUCACCGGCUCCACGAUUAACGGCGCCUCGGUAAACGGGGCUGCGACCUCGGGCGGCCUUGUUGUCUUCCCCGGGCCGAGCAGCCACCAGCAGAUCAUACCCCAGGAGUUCAUCAGAAGCGCUCGGCCCAAGGCCAAGACCAAAGCCAAGACCAAGGCCAAUCCUGUCGAGGAGUUUGUCGACGAGCUCGCCGACGCCGUCUACGACGCAUUCGACGACUGAUCCCGUACCUACGGUCCACGAGCCCCUCAAUUAUCAAUUGUCAUAUAUUGGCGGAGACGAAUAA